AUGGUGUGCGUGAAAUUCAUUUACAUGUGGGAGCAGGUGAAUGAAGGUACCAGUGGCAUCCAUAAGAUCACUACCACAAAGAAAGCAGCUCCUCAAAUAUCAUCACCCCCUGCACCAGGAAGAAGCCACAGAUUCUUCAGAGCACUAAUCCAAUUAAUUGUUAGAAAUGGAAGCUCAUUUGGUUGGAACUGUGACCAAGAUGCAAAUAACGUUGCAUGCAAAUCCAGUAGAUUGAAAAGGUGUGUGAAUUCACCUGCAGGAAUCAGUGAAGUUGCCAAGAGUUACACUCAAGAGCAGCUGGAGGGUGUACAGAGGAUAAAAAGAUGUAAGAAUUACUAUGAAAUUCUGGGACUUAGUAGAAAUGCAGAUGAAGAAGAUUUAAAAAGAUCUUACAGGAAGCUGGCAUUAAAGUUUCAUCCUGAUAAAAACUGUGCUCCUGGUGCAACAGAUGCAUUUAAAGCAAUAGGAAACGCAUAUGCUAUUCUGAGUAACCCAGAAAAAAGAAAACAAUAUGAUGAAUAUGGAGAGGAGCCACCAACUGUUCGUAGUCCUUAUGCCGGUGGUUCAAAGUUUUACAGUGAAUUUGAAGCAGAUGUAACGCCUGAAGAUUUGUUCAACAUCUUCUUUGGUGGAAGAUUUCCCACAGGUAAUAUUCAUGCCUAUACAAAUGGAACAACAACAUACGCCCAUAUUUACCGCCGGCAUCGCUAUAUGAAUGACCAGGUGGAAGAGGAAGAACAGGAGGCUAGAUCUCAGGGAACAUAUUCAGUAUUUUUGCAGCUGUUGCCAAUAUUUGUAUUAGUUCUUGUGUCACUUAUAGCCCAAUUGACAGUGACCAAUCCUCCUUACAGUCUUUACUACAAACCGUCGUUGGGCCAUAUUCUAUCCAGAGAAACUGAACGUUUUAAAAUAGAAUAUUUUGUUGACAAAAGAUUUGAGGAGGACUACCAAGGCAUUGCCCUGCAAAAAAUGGAAAACAAUGUUGAGAAGGACUACAUUGACCACCUUCAAAAUAGCUGCUGGAAGGAGAAACAGCAAAGUAAGAAUGCAUUUAAUAUACUUAGCUUACAAAAAGGUUAAGUGUUUUUUGCAUUG